AAAAGAAGGUUCUUUUUGAUUUGCCUAUAAAAACUUGCUGAUUCGCCUGGGAAGAGCACAGUCUGACAUUUGACUUCAAAACAACUAAACUAAUCUCAAACAAAAUGAAAUUCCUUAUUGUCGCUUUGGCUUUUGUGGCUUGCGCCUAUGCUGAUGUCUCGGAAUUGGGUUACAAUUAUGAACAACCAGCUGUUGCCCCUGCACCUGCUCCAGUUCAACCAUCGAAGAGUUAUAUUCCCCCUGCACCAGUAGCCCCAGCACCAGCUCCAGUUGCUCAACCCACCAAAACCUAUGUGCCACCAGCACCUGUUGCCCCCGCCCCAGCCCCAGUUGCUCAACCCACCAACACCUAUGUCCCACCAGCACCUGUUGCCCCCGCACCAGCUCCAGUUGCUCAACCCACCAACACCUACAUUCCCCCUGAACCCGUCUCCCCUGUCGAAGAAGUUGAACAAACUCCCGCCGAUGGCUACCGUUACAAGACUGUCCGCCGUGUUGUCUACAGACACCGUGCCUAAGCGUCAUAAGGAAUUUGCGUUUACUUGAUUUGUUAGUG